CGGCUGUCAAACGGGUGCGAUCGACACUGACGACGUGCAGCUGGCGUCAUUGGUCGCGCCGCGCCUAUAUACCAGCGCGCGCUACCCAAUCGACGUCGCUGCGCGACUGGGCAGCCCCAGAGUCUGCCAGGCUGCACUUGUGUAAAAGAGUAGACACGCCGUCGACGGCUGGGCAGCCACCGUGUGAUGUCGUUCCGCCGCGAGAGCGCCGGGUCGCCGCCCCAGAGCCGCCCGAACCAUGAAGAAGAAAAACUAGAUCGCCAUGCGGCUCUAUCCCCGGACCACCUGCCGCCGAGCCCACAAAACAGAUUCGACGCCCCCACGAAGCAGCUCUCCGGUUUGGACAGAGCGGCCGCCGACGCCUGUCUGGAGAAGAACUCCAAGUUUCGAAGUGCCGUGAAGGGCAUCAUCCGAGCACGACGACGACGACGAGGCAAGAAAGUACAAGUAGGCUACAAGAUCAACGGGAUCAGGAAUGUCCAUAGCAUCGACUGCAUGUUCACGGUGGACUUUAAAGUGUUCUACUACUGGACCGACGACAAGUGCAAAGGAAGAAAAGGCAGAUUAGAGUUAAAUGAACCAGGAUUAUUCAACCCCGAACUAGUGAUAGAUAACGACGCCGGCCUCCAAUUGACGCACUGGGAGUUCCAGGUCAAGGAUUCGAAGACUGGCCUGGUCAAGCUGUCCGAGUACUACCGGGGUAAACUCAUGAUACCGAAUAUGAGCUUAGAUAUGUUCCCCUUUGAUUUUCAAAAUUUACGUAUAUGUAUAAAACCGCACAAGAAGACGAUUGACGAGGUAGAACUCCACCCCUUACCAGAUGAGUGCGCGAUCGAGCACCACGCGCGCCACGAGUGGAACGUGAUUGGGUCGAGGACGGCCAUGUACGCGACGAACCCGGAACAUAGUACGACGGCCAAGGUCUACUCCGCGUUGCAUGUCAUCGUGUUGGUCGAGCGCGAGUCCGACUGGCACGUGCGCAUGAUCAUGUGGCCGAUCUUCCUGAUCAACAUCUGUGCUUGGUCGGUCUAUGCCUUUCCGCUGGAGGACCUUGCGGGGAGGAUGGAGACCUCCGUUGCUUUAUUGUUGACGAAUGUCGCGACGCGAUUCACUACCUCAGACUACAUGCCAAAAGUACCCUAUAGUACGCUCUGCGACGAAAUUCUGGACUGGUGCUUCUUCUUCCAGUUUAUUGGAUUGGUGUCGAAUCCGUUGCUGUAUCUGGGAUGGAGAUUAGGAGGCGGCAAGAAGGCGCGGUGGACAUCGGCACUAGGUCUGGGUACGGUACGCUAUGUGGAACUCGCCAAUGUACUCAUGUUCAUAAUAAUGGUGUUCUGCCUCAUCUCAUUGACGUCGUGGAAGAAUGCCAAACUAAAAAAACACCGAGCAGAGGCGCAAGAGUGGAAAAGACAAGCAUUGCCGGCGUCGGAGCCGGUCCACGGCUCCGGAACCAAACUCGCGGACAACGGCGAGAAGACCAUCGCCGGUAGACUGCUAUCGUCGUUGCAGCUCCUGAAAACGCCCCUGGCGCGACGAGAUAGCACCGAGGGACUGCCGUCCGCAACUUCGAAGGAUGCGCCCGUCGCGCCCAUCCGCUUCCACCACGACCCGAAACAUCGAGGAGCCGAAGGGUUGGUGCCGCGCGUGAAGUCCGCGUUUGAUAUCUUAUCUCCCAGCCACAGAAGAAGGACCGCGAAGCGCUACAAGUCGUCUUUGGCCGCUCCCGACGGCCACCGCGACUUCCAGGCGUUCUUGGAGGAGGGCGAUUCCGACGUGUCCACGCCCCAGACGCCGGGCGAAGAGCGCUUUACGAAAGCUUUGUUGGAUGAGGAGUCUACGCCGUCGAUCGGCCGGCGGCGGACGUCUGGGCUUCCUCCGGACAACGGGUCCAUGUCUAUGAGAAGGGGCCGGGCGCCGGCGUCGCGCGCCGCGGCCGGGGAGACGUAAGGGUC